AUGUUAUUGUGCUUUACACAGUUAUUCAGCCUACAGUUCUUGUUUCCCUGCUCUCUAGUUGUUAUAAACGACACUGCAGCUUAUAUCUGCGGUAGAUUGUUUGGUAAAAGAAAGCUACUAAACAUUAGUCCCAAGAAGACUAUGGAAGGAUUCGUAGGCGCUGGCAUUGUAACAGUGUUGAUUGCCUUCAAGAAUACAACUGUUUAUAAUCACAUCCAAUUCCAUGGUAUGGUAAUUGGGAUUUUUGCUUCUAUUGUUGCGCCUUUUGGAGGAUUCUUUUCCAGUGCUGUUAAAAGAGCAGGAAAGAUCAAAGACUUUGGACAAUGGAUUCCAGGCCACGGCGGCCUUUUAGACCGCGUGGAUUGUCAGUUAUUCAUGGCAGUGUUUACGUUUGUUUAUUUCAAAUACAUUUCAAGCACAUAA